UCUGUGUCAUUUCAUAUUCAAGAAGAAAAAAAAAUCAGUAAUUACAGAAACACCACAGAAUCUUUGGAAUAUGGCAUCUAUUAUUGUAUCUACGCACACUGUGUUUUCUCCAAAAUCAGUUAACCCAUCAUCCAUACCAUCUCUAAGCUCUAGUGGCAAAUUCUUGGGUUCACAAUGUACAACACAGAAGAACAAACCCCUGACGGUGGUAGCCGCCGUCGGAGAUGUUUCCGCCAACGGGACAACAUAUCUGAUCGCCGGAGCCGCCGCGGUAGCGUUGAUUGGAACUGCUUUCCCGAUCCUCUUCUCUCGCAAGGACCUGUGCCCAGAAUGUGAUGGAGCAGGGUUUGUUAGAAAAUCAGGGUCAACAUUGAGGGCAAAUGCGGCAAGAAAAGAUUCAGCUCAAAUUGUAUGUGCCCGUUGCAAUGGUCUUGGCAAGCUCAAUCAGAUUGACAAGUAGUUCAAAAUCAGUCUUUCUCUCUCUUCAAUGUGUGUGUAAGUGUGUGUGUGUGUGUGAGAGAGAGAGAGAGAGAGAGAACUCCUUUGUUCAUGGGUACUAAAGUUUGUAAUUAUUUUGGUUCGUCCAAUAGAUUGCUGGAUUGUGACCAGAGUAAUUGUGCCAUGUGAUUUGAUUUAUGUUAUACAUGUUCUUCAGUAAAAAGAUUAUUAUCAACGAAUUCAUAUU